UCUGUAUUUGCAGAGUGAGCCAACAAACCUGAGUGUUGGUGCAGGUCUGUGAAGUCAGAGCAACAUGAGAGUGCAGAGUUGGGUCUUCAUGUGGUCUUCACUUGUGUUUUAUUGUGUGCUGAUGCUGAGCUGGGCUCUAAGGCCAGCAGGAGCACAUUUUUCCACAGCGUCCAAUGAUGUGAGGUUGGUUGGCAAAGGGAACCGUUGUGCCGGCGAGCUGAGGUUCAAGCACGAGGCAGAGUGGAGACAGCUGAGCAAACAGCGCACCUGGAGCCUGGAGGAGGCCGGCGUGGCGUGCAGACAGCUCGACUGUGGCUCUGCUGUUUCAGUCAAAGGCGUCAGGCACCGGCCCAAAGUUCUGAACAUCUGGCGCUUUUAUUCGGACUGUGACGGCUCUGAGCGAGCGCUCCUGGACUGCGGGACGGUGAAGAAGGGCCUCUCAGAUUUCACCACUGAGGUGAUCUGCUCAGAUGUCCUGCCUGCUCCUGACAUCAGUUUCUACACUGAUGGCAGUGAGACUUCUCCAACCGGGAAUCAAACACAGGGCGUGGUAUGGAAGGGCCACUCUUUCGGCAUCCUCUGCUCUGUGGAGCCACGAUACAGCGGCGGCACCUUUAUCCUCAGCGUCACCGGCGCCCACCAACACCGCAGCUGGACCCAAACAGCGUUCAAUCACUCGGCCAGCUUCUGGUUCAAAGCUGCCAACCAAACACACGAGGGGACCUACAGCUGCGUCUAUAACAACACUGUCUUCAGCAACAUCUUCUCAUCUGAGGGCGGGAGGCUCUCGCUCACUGUCAAAGAUUAUUCAGAUGUGAUUUUGGACGAUGGCGUGCUCAGAGCCAGAGAGGACUCUGCUGCCUGUGCUGGGAAGCUGCUCAUCAACAACGGGAACGAAACCAAACUGGUGAGCACAGAGUCCACAGUCUGGGACCUGAACCACGCGGGCAUAGUGUGCAGACAGCUGGGCUGCGGCCCUGCCGUUUCGACCGAAGCCGUCAACCUUCCCAACAAAACGCCAAUGUGGCGUUUUUUCUCUGACUGCAUUGGAAGAGAGUCUGCGCUGAUGGAGUGCGGAGCUGUAAAUCCACGGCUUUCCUCCUCGGUCAUUCAGGUGAACUGUGCAGGGCGCCGCGGGUAAGAGCCGAGGACACAACGCCGGACCAGACAAUCCUGAAAGGUCAUCGACCGCAGAGGCACCGACAGACUGACGGAGUAUUCUGGGUCAUGGCUCAAAUUCUGGGUUUAAUAAGGAGAAAUAUCCUCCCUCUAAGUUACCAAUAAAAAGAGCUCAUGAUCAAAAAAAAAA